AUGUCCGACCUUCCAGUCAAUCCCCUGGACCCGCUUGGCGAUCCCGCGACCCCAGCGCCCAAGAAGAGGACGCGGGUCCAGUUUUCGUGUACAGCAUGCAGAUUCCGAAAAUUAAAAUGCGAUCGCUCAUACCCUUGUACCAACUGCAAGAAGCGGGGUGAGGCGGGCACGUGUACUUAUGUUGGCCGUGGUCCUCGAGGAAAAGCUCAGCAUGGGCGCUCGAGCCCAACGCUGGUGCAGGAUCGUCUCCAGCAUUUGGAGAAUCUGGUCAUGUCCUUGUCUCAGAAGAAGAGACCUGCCGAGUCAGUGAUCGAUUUCAACACAGGCUCAUCGGAUAGUACAAAUGCAUAUGAUACGCCACCUUCAGUGGGUGAUCGUGAGACAAAGCAGUCUCCUACUGAGACAGGCACAUUGGUGGUAAAAGAUGAGUCAAUCAGUUACAUCGACAGUGCUGACUGGCGUGCGGUUCUGGAAGAGAUCCACGGCGUGAAAGAGUAUAUCGCCGAACAUGAAAUCUCUGACCAGGAGGAUUUCGAAGAUGGGCUCGGCGAGGGUCCAUCUCCAGCCUUGCUGUUGGGAAUGUCCAGGCCAGUCACCAAAGAGGAAGUACUCGCCGACAUUCCCCCGAGACCAGUAGCUGAUCGCCUGGUGUCUAAGUUUCUCAAGACAACAGAGCCAGCAUUGCUUUGCCUCCAUAUUCCGACAUUUCAAAGAGAGUACGAUCAUUUUUGGAACAACCCGCUCAGCAUGUCAUUUACUUGGAUCGCCCUACUCUUCGAUAUCCUGGCCCUAUCAGUAUCUUGGUUUCGCCGAUGCGAGCAAGCCCUACCAUCGGAACUGGAGGACGGUGCGACUGCUUGGGACACUUUCCGCAAAAGAGCUGCCCAGUGUCUAGUGCAAGCGAACUAUAUGACACCGGGCCGUUAUAAGUGCGAGGCAUUGUUUAUCUACGCGAUAUGCGAAUUCUACCGGAGCCAGGAUGCUCAGGUUGGCGUUUCGUACCUACUCACCAUGACCAUUCACCUAGCUAUGCGCAUGGGCUACCACCGUGAUGCAAAACACUACCCGAGUCUAUCUGCAUUUGACGGUGAAAUGCGUCGUCGUCUCUGGGCCUUGCUCUGCCAGCUAGACAUUUUGAUUUCCUUCCAGGUUGGAAUCCCACGGACCAUUCAACCGUGGCACUUUGAUACAGAAUUGCCCUCCAAUCUGCACGACACAGAGUUUGACGAAAACACAGUCCAAUUGCCACAAGGACGAAGCGACGAGGGAGAGGUUACGCCUUGCACAUACGGCAGAGCCAAGUCGCGCAUCAUGACCGCCUUUGGUCAAGCCGUCGACUUGGCCUAUUCGCGAGAGACAGCGGCUUAUGAUGAGAUUCUUGCGACGGACCGUCGUCUAGAGGAAGCACAUAACCUGCUGCCCACCAUAUUCCGCAUCCAACCCAUUGCCCAAUGUAUCGCGUUACCAACCAGUCUGAUCAUGCGACGGUACUCAUUGGAAUUGCUUUAUCAAAAGACGCGCGUGGUGCUGCAUCGUCGGUAUAUGUCGGAGACGGGAAGCAAAUACGCGUAUUCGCGAUCAGUCUGCCUUGCUGCCGCGCGGGAGACUCUGCGACAUCACUCCGAUAUCUGGAAUGAGUCUUUACCUGGAGGUCAGCUGUACGCUGAGCGGUUCUUUGUCAACUCUUUCCAAAACACGGAUUUCGUUCUUUCUGCCAUGAUUCUCUGCUUGGAAUUGUCUCAAGAUAAUGAGCGGGGUAGUGCUUCUCGCCUGGGACCUCAGGAACGCACGGAUCUGAUCUCGUUGCUGGAGGACACGCAUCGGAUUUUCAAGGAUGCACGACGUCGAUCUAUGGAUACGCAACGGGCAUUUGCCGCUUUGACCAUCAUGCUCAGCCAGAUCCAUGGCACGAGUGUCGAUAGUCUGGUAGCGGAGCCCGAGGAACAGGAGAUUCCAAUGGAAGAUCAAGUGACAUUCCAAUUAGCUUCGACGACGAUGGACCAGGAGCAGUACCCGACGUAUACCACGGCAAGCGCCGAUGACAUGCAAGCCGCGAUGUACAAUACUACUAGCUCAACGCCGUCCUACUCAUCACUCGAAGUGAUUGGGGAUAUGCUAAGCACGCCGGCUCAAAUUGAUUGGCGCCUGUACGACAGUCGUGUUUCUGGGUAUCCUGUGGUGAGCCAGGAUAAUUCCUGGUACCUGGGAGCUCAAGCUUUGCCAACAAAUAUGGAUUUUACUUAUCCCAAUGGUGAAUAUUCGACGCACAUAAGUAGUUAG